AUGAUUGCGGCACUCUUUACCACAAAUCUUCAGCUUGGAGCAGUUGGGGUUUUCAUAUUUGCACUUCUCGCCUUUGCGUUUAACAAACUGACAACCUGGGAAUAUUCAAUCCCCAAAGAAGUACAAUGGGUUGAUCGUCGCACACAGCCUUUUUCCUAUCUUCGCGCGAAAGCUCGAGCUCUCGCAAGAAGCAAGGAAAAUACGCUUGAGGCGUAUUUUCGGUUCAAUAAACUUGGCAAAGCUGCAGCAUUGGCGGUGCCUUUCGGCCGUCCCUUGUUGCUUCUGCCACAAACAUUCGUCCGUUGGAUUGUCGACCAACCGGAAUCCAUCAUCAGUUUGGAUCCGAUACACGACGACUUCCACGUCUUUGUCGGCGGCGAUCUAACUGGUGACCAUACCGUGCAGGAGCUGUUACGCCGCGAGUUAACCCUCAAUCUGGAUAAGUUAAUCUCUGUGAUCAACGAUGAGAUAGUUUGCGCUUUAGAUGAUGUACUGGGAAAUUCCCCUGAGUGGAAAAGUACUUCUCUUGCGGAUGACCUGAAAACGAUCGUUGCAAGGACCUCAAACAGAGUCUUUGUCGGCAAAGACUUAUGUCGAAAUAAACAUUACAUAAGCACAGUUAAGGGCUUAGCAUUGGUGAUUAUGCCAGAAACCGUGCUCCAGGAUCUCAUACCGCAGUUUCUAAAAGGACCGCUUUCCAGGAUAACUAAAGCGUUCAACAACAUCUACGGUAUGAAAAAAUUCUCGUCGCUCCUGCUUGGGGUAGUGAGACAGCGAUAUAUUGAUGUGAAGGACGUAUUGGAGGGAUCUGGCGACAAAACACGAUUGCCGGAUGACUUAUUAACAUGGAUGGUGCAAAAAUCAAUUCGUAAAGGAGAAUCUUCGGCAAACAUCGAUAAAUUAUUAGUUGCACGUAUUGCGAUGGCCAACUUGGCUGCUAUCGAAACUACCACUGCUGCGAUGACUAGGAGCGUCCUGGAUUUAGUCACGCAGGGUAGUGAGGGAGGUUUCCUAAAAGCUGUUCAGGAAGAAACAUUGGCCGUGGUGGAAGGAUGCAAUUAUGAACCGAGUAAGAAAGAUGUGCUGAAACUUGUUCUGACCGAAAACGCUAUUAAGGAAGCUCUCCGUCUCCAGGUCGCCUUUCCAGGUCUCAUGCGCCAAGUGGUGGCUCCAAAUGGUGUCACGCUCGAAAACGGCCUGCAUGUGCCUUGCGGCACUCGACUGGGAGUAUCCGCGGCUGGGAUUCAUGUUGACGAAUCGAUCUAUGAAGACCCCACGACCUACAAUCCAGGCAGAUUCUUGGUCAGAGACUUGGAUCCUCGAGGUGAUCCCAGUCCGAUGUGGAAAGGGAAUGAGAAUUACCUCGCUUUUAGCCUGGGGAGACGCUCGUGUCCUGGGAGAUGGUAUGUGACUGAUCAGUUGAAACUCACACUCGCACAUAUCUUCUCCAAGUACGAAAUUAGAUUCGAGAAGGCUGCAGAGACGGCAAGUGCGCUUAGGAAGAUUUUGCCUGGUGCUCCUCAGGAUCGUGUCAUGAUCAGACGUAGGUCAGUUGGCAAGAGGUAG